AGUCACUGAAUAAUGAGCGUACAUGCUGUGAGGAUUUUCAAAAGGUUUUGAGCCUUGAAAUUUCCAAAUUACAGUUACGCUCAUUCAGUGAGGUAGUAGUAGGCUCGGUAGGUUACGUUAAAUUGUGUUGUUUACUUUUUCGCGGACAUCUGCCGAGAAUAAGUAUUGUACGCUAGUCUGGAGUCUACUUGGGAAUUGUGGGAUACUGUACAAGGGCAGAAGGGAUGGACGGCCACAUAUCCUGUCAACUCCUUGACACGUUUUUCCAACCCAUCUUACACCUCGGCUUCCACAUCAGAUGUAUGACAGCUAGCUGCAUAAAAAGCAUAUUUUGGAAUAGUAAACGGGACGGGACGCGACGCGCGCUGAAGAAUCAUAGCAGAGAAGAAAGUUUAGAUAUUCGGGGAUCAUCUGUGGUAUCCCAACUACCAAGCGCAAUGCGGACCUCCUCCAAACCUCCUCCAAAACCAAUUUCUACUAUUCCUUCGGCUCAUCUUUCCAAAACCUACCUCAGAAACUCUGGGUAAAGUUGAGUACAGCACAGUCAUUACCCGAGCGAUCAAGCGAUCCAAGUGAGGUGAGGUGUCCCAAGAAAGACAAAGAUGACAGGGCAGGGAUAAUCCAAAAACCUUGCCAUUCCAAGCCCGGGAGAGCCCUACAAUUGGACAAGUAAACCCCUUCUAGAUCAAUUGCUGGGCCCCCAGGCCCCGCACAAGCUCCAUAUCCUAAUCUGAAGUCUGUUCUCUUAUCAUCCUGCAUCUUUCUGCAUCAUUCCGUUCAUUAUCAACCAGCAUUUAUACCUAACUAUCCAUCCAGCUAGCUGUUCGUUUGCGUGGACUUUUGAUCCUCUCAAAUCCAGCGUCCGAUUGCUGUUUGUUUAUACGUUACUGGACUGAGUACCCUGGAGACGGAAACGUGCAUUUAUUGGAACGGAACGGAACGAACGAAUUGAAAGCGUCUGGAACACUUGGUUAACUGGAGAGGAUCAGGAAGCUGUCUGAGCUGACAGGAACCCAACACACUGGAUUGGGAUCAUACGAGCAGGGUCCGUUCAUUCCACUCGCUGAUCGGCGACUUUGCUCGAUCCCAGGAACCCGGGCUUGGGAUUUUGGAAAACGUUAUUUCGCAGGGUUCAUAUUUGGGGGUUUCGUGUCACCUGAGGAUUGUUUGGUGUUUGGCACAAGACAUUGGAUUGUACGACAACGUUGAAAAUUGUGUUUGACAAGGUUGAGGGGAAAUUGUAGAAGGACUACCUUCACAUUCAAAUAUUGGAGAUCUGAGUCGGAAUGAAGAGCUUGAGUCAAAUACUACUUACGGGGAACCGAUUAAGUAUUGGAUUGAGGAGCACAUCUCGAAAUAACCACAAUUCCACCACACAGAACCGGACCUUCAGCGCCGCAACCAGACUGUUCUCCAACGAAACAUCAUCCACCUCCACCAUGGCCUCAACAUCAAAGCUCAUCGAGCUUGCCGCAACCAUUACCCGAGAAACAGAGAAGUUGGACAAGUACAUGAAAGAAAAAGGACUCCCGGCACCAUCAUUCGAGCCAGAUGCGCCUCUAAACUUCCCUAAGUUAGACGCGGAAGCAAAGAGAGCGAGAGAGGAGAUCGUGAGAGCUACGAAAGAGUUGGGAGAUUUGGUUACGGGUCCUACGGAAAGUGUGAGGUGGAUGGCUUGGGAUCACAACAACUCUCUCUCCUUACAGGCUAUCUACCACUACAAGAUCGCACAAUCCUUCCCCCUCGACUCCACAGCAACCUUCUCCCAACUCGCCACCACCACCGGCCUCGACGAGCUCAACCUCCGCCGCUUCCUCCGCCACGCCAUGACCAACCGCAUCUUCCGCGAGGUCUCCCCCGGCGUCGUAGCCCACACGGCCGCCUCGCGCGUCCUCGCCACCGACCCCGCCAUGAACGACUGGGUCGGCUUCUGCACAGAGGACAUGUGGUCCGCUGCAUCGCAGACCAUCUCUGCCAUCGAGCGCAACCCCUCUGCCAGCGAAGCUACCCAGACGGGCUUCUGUCUCGCGAACAAUACUACGGAUGUGGAGCCGAUGUUUGCCACGUUUGGGAAGUCGCCUUUGAGGGCUAAGCGGAUGGGUGGUGCGAUGGUGUCGUUGACGGGUGGUGAGGGGUAUGAGCUGUCCUAUCUGCUUGAUAACUACGAUUGGGCUUCUCUGGAUGCAAAGGGCGCUACUAUCGUCGACAUUGGCGGAUCCCACGGAUUCGUAUGCAUCGCUCUCGCAGAGCGAUACCCUAACUUGAAAUUCGUGGUGCAAGAUCUCCCCAAGACGGUCGCUUCAGCACCAAAGCUAUCCGAUGAUCUCGCCUCGAGAAUCACAUUCCAAGCGCACGAUUUCCACACCGAGCAACCCGUCAAGGGUGCAGAUAUCUAUCUGUACCGCUGGAUCCUACAUAACCAUUCUGACAAGUAUGCUGUCAAUAUGCUCAGGCAAUUAAUCCCCGCGUUGAAGAAGGGUGCGAAGGUGUUGAUCAAUGAUCAUUGUUUACCCGAGCCAGGGACGGAGUCGAUGUGGGAUGAGAAGAUCAUUAGGACCAUGGAUUUGGUGAUGUUGACGCUGUUGAAUGCGCAGGAGAGGACAGAGGGGGAGUUUAGAGAGUUGUUUGCCAAGGUUGAUGGUGGCUUUAAGUUCCUGGGAGCGAGUAGAGUGGAGGGGUGCAGAAUGAGUGUUGUUGAGGCUGUGUGGGAGGGUGAGGAUCUUGGAGUGGUGAAGGGGGCUUGA